AUUAUUACGAAGAUGUCGCAGUUUUCCAUAUACAAAACACGGGAUCGACCCGUGUUCGUUUAAACGGUUUAGCUAGCUACCGUCUAAUCGGCGUUGACCGCAUUGCGCAUGCGCACGGCUGGACACCGGAGUCGCAGUACGUUUCUGAUGAGUCCUAUCCGAUAACAGUUUUUUAGCUACCUUGUCUGUCAUUCAGAUACUGUGUUAUCACAAUAAAACGAUACAUUUUUGGCCAAACUGAAUCUGUGACGCUCUAGCUGACGCUGGUAGUUAAAGCCGACGUCUGGUUUAGUCAGGACGCGUCUAAUCGAACACGGAAGUGAGUGCGAGGGUGUCUCUCUCGCUUCAGCGCGGUCUUCUUCUCUGAUGAACCCAGAGCAUCAGUGUCGUGAACACCAGAGGUCCCUUUUUCGUGGCGUGAGAUUAGACGGUAUAAUGCCGUUCACGCGAAGAUCAAGGGCGACUUAUGUGAAGAGUGACAAGUGAAGGAACUCUGAUCCACCAUGGGAAACACACCAUCAAAGAGUGGCAGCGGAGAGGAACCGGUCAAAACAACUUUGUUUGAGAAGGAGCCAAGUGGGAUAACGUACAGAAUUCCUGCUCUCAUUUAUCUGAGGCACAGUCGCACCUUCCUCGCCUUUGCAGAGAAAAGAUCCUCUCCCUCUGAUUGUGAUGCCAAAAUUCUUGUUAUGAGAAGAGGAACGUUGAAGGAUGAUGGAUCUGUCCAGUGGUCGUCCAGUCAGGAGCUGUCCACAGCGUGUCUACAGAACCACCGCACGAUGAACCCUUGCCCUGUGUAUGAAAAGAACAGCAAAACGCUGUUUUUGUUUUUCAUCUGUGUCUGGGGAAACACCACAGAGCACAGGCAGGUCAUCACAGGUAAGAACAAGGCGUGUCUUUGCUGCGUUAGCAGCAGCGAUGACGGGCACACCUGGAGUCAAGCGAGAGACUUGACAGAAAGCGUGAUUGGUGAAACUAUCCAAAAGUGGGCCACGUUCGCCGUGGGCCCGGGCCACGGCGUUCAGCUGGAGAACGGCAGAUUGAUCAUCCCAGCGUACGCCUAUUAUGUCCCUUACAGAUGCUGUUCCUUCCCCGUCCCUUUUACAGUCCACCCACGUGCGCUCUCGGUAUAUAGCGAGGACUUUGGCCAGACGUGGCAUAUAGGUAAGAUGCUUCGGAAAAAGUCAUGCGAAUGUGAAAUGGCAGAGAUCAUAGACCACGAGGGCAGGAGUCACCUUUACUGCAAUGCUCGUAACAUUGGAGGCCACAGGUGUGAGGCCCUGAGCGAAAACAGCGGCGUGUACUUUGACAAACCUCACACUGCCCCAGAGCUCGUGGAACCACCCUCAGGCUGUCAAGGCAGCGUCAUUGGCUUCCCUGCGCCUGAAUUUGUCCCCAAUGACGACGCUGAAAGCAAAGCUUGUGGCACAUCGCUCUUGUCUCCAGACACGCAGACCUGGCUCCUCUUCAUCCACCCAACUAACAAGUCCAGUAGAAGGGACAUGGGCGCGUAUUUGAACCGAUCCCCCCUGCACUCAUCAGGGUGGGACAGGCCCAUGAUCAUCCACAACGGGCCCAGCGGCUACUCAGACCUGGCUUACAACGGGGACAAGGAUCAGUUCUCAUGCCUGAUGGAGUGCGGGAAAGAAAGUGAACUUGAGCAGAUUGCGUUCAUGUCGUUUACCCUUAAUGAUGUCAUGCAGACGGGCAGUAAGAAAGACAAGAAGAUGCGUUGAAUUGCGUUUGCUUUAUUUCUGUAUUAACAAAGCUCUCUAACAUUCUCCUGCAACCUAAAAAAAUAUAUAUGCUUAAUAUGCUGUGCAGUGACAUCUGUCUGUGCUUACUGUCGUUCUACGGUGUGGAGAUGAUAAUGCAUGCAUGAGUCGUGUGUUUCGUUGUCUCCUUGUUUACAUGAAAAAGUAAUUCAAGUCUUAAUGGUGUUAAUAUGCAAGCUGCCAUGUAAAGGAAAGAAACUGUUAUUAAUAGGUUGGAUGGCUGAUUUUAAAGCAUGCUGUGCCGGACUGUCAUCUUCAAAAUGGGCUUUGUGUGUAGCAUGUUUGACAAGUACUUCAUGCCCAUCUCUCUGCAUCUUAUUAAACUGUCAGUAUAUUGUGAGGAGUGGAGUGGAUUUGCCUACCUCUUUUUAUUUUCAUAUGAAGAUCAUAGCAGGCCUUGUAAAGUAGAGCGUAGAGUCUCCUCCCUGCUCCUUCGCUCCUCUACAUUUAGUAUACUCUGAUUCACGUAUGCCUUCUAGCCCGCCAGUGCACAACCUCUUCUGUCGGUCACAGUCGGUGCCUCAAAGUUGGCAACAGAACCGGACAGAAAAGAUAAACAUUUACUUUUGACUCGCCACAUCCAGCUAAUCGAUGAAGAGACCAACCAAACUGUACCACAUCUAUGAGUCAGAGGAGAGCAGUCGGUGGAUUAAUCAAGCGUUUGGGCUACUUUGUACUGUACACAGAUUAUUACCUUCAUUUUCAAAAAGCAAUAUUUCGCUUGGUUGUAUUAUUUAAUUGGUUAUUUUCCAUUUUAUGGUGCAUUUAGCAUGGUUUUCAUGACCAGGUAUGAUUGGCUGGCUGUUGGUUAUCAAGUGAAAGCAUGUGACAGCAUGCAACAGCAGAAGAAGACUCACUAUUUAUACACACAGACACACACAACCUUCUACUGAGCAACUUUAACAUCCAUCUCGGCCUAAUGUUGUGAGGCGAACCGCCUGCAGGUGGUUCUACACUAGCUUCAUUGUGUUUUUGUUGGCUGUUGUGGAAAGUGACAAAUCUGCAUGAAACAUGUAUUUUAGUAGAAAAUAAAAGUAACCUGUUAUCACACGA